UUAUGUAAAAUAGAAAACAUUAUUUUUAUCAAUAAAAAUAUUCAUAAAACUGUUGAAAAAAUCAAGCCAUGGUGUUCCUGAACAUACCACUAUUUGUGCGUGCUCGAGGGCCUGAUGAGUUUUGGCGUAAAAGACGUAUUUUCAAAUUGGCAGCGCAUUAUCGUAGUCGCACUCGCAAUGUAUAUUCCUUUGCUAUUCGGAGUGUGCACCGAGCCUUGGCAUACGCCACCAAGGGACGCAAGUUGAAGAAGCUGGACAUGGCCCAGUUGUGGACGACGCGCGUCGAGGCUGGCUGUCAGCAGUAUGGCGUAGGGUUGGAAACCUUUAAGGAGGGUCUGACGCGCACCUCCAUCCUUCUGAACAGAAAAAUGCUCUCAGACUUGGCCAUUUGGGAGCCGAGGUCAUUUGAGGCUUUGGUGAAGAUCUCGCGGGAACGGGCCGCCGUUGAGGGAUUUCCCGAUAUAAAGCAACGUUCUGCCUUCAAUCAAGUCUAUGGGUUGCGCAACCUGAAAUUGGAUUAGCUUAAAUCAUAAGUAGGAUUUCAAAUAUAUAUUUUUUACACGUAAGGA